CAUUUAAAAACUUUACGUGAUCUUUGGAGAUUUUAUUAGAGUAGCUCUCUAAGAAAUUAGAAACGAAAAUAACUCAAUACGGGUUUAUUUAGAUAUAGUUUAGAACAACAGAAUGAAUUGUAAGCAGAUGUGUAAAGAAACAAAUGUUAAAAACCCACUUUGUGUUAGUAUGCAAAUAUCGCACAGAAAAGAGCAACUGAUCGCAUAACAAAAUUCCGUGCGCAAAUUAUUCGGGUGCGGUCUCGUCGACAGUAGCCAUCCAUAUCAUCACGAAACUAACCACACACGCGAGAAUGUGUGUUCGAGAUUAAAAUAAAACGUCUGAUAAGCAUGGCCAAAAAUAUAUACCAAUCUGCGCAGUAGCGCACAAUUUGCUAGAUAAAAUGCCGAUUGUAUGAUGUUUUUUUUUGCAUAUGUGCGUGGGUGCUAUGUUGCGGUGUUGAUUUCCGGAGAGCAAAAAAAAGAAUAACAAUAUAUGUACUUGACCUUAACCACACGACUGUGUUCAUCAGACAUCAGAUAGCUCCGUGGUACCACUACAGAGGCGUUAGCAGAUAAAACGUUUGUCGUUGUGAGUUGGUUAUACGUUUCUAAUGUCCAAUAAUGGAGCUACAACAUUCAGACGGGAUUGGUGUCUGUUCAGUCGAUUCUUGACUUCGGUCGGGAGCAGUUGUUCCGAUUUGUAGCGGUUAAAAAUUGCAGUGUAAAUCAAACCAUGGGUUACGUCAACGUGGUGUUAUAUUUGGUGUUACCGGCCCUCACCCUGCUGUACUACUAUGCGAAGCAACACUACCGUUACUGGACGAAACGGAAUGUACCGCAGCUUGAGGCAUCGUUCCCGGUCGGUAAUAUGAAAGGCGUUGGUACCAAGCGUCACUUCAACGAUGUGUUAGAUGAAGCAUACGACAAGGGAAAAGCGGAAUCGGCACCACUAGUGGGAUUAUACUUCAUGCUUAAGCCGGUGUUGAUUGUAACCGAUCUCGACAUGGUGAAACGCAUUCUGGUAAAAGACUUUAACAGCUUCCACGAUCGCGGUUUGUACGUGAACGAACGGGACGAUCCACUGUCCGGACAUUUGUUUGCGUUGGACGGCGAACGGUGGCGCUAUCUGCGCAACAAACUCAGCCCAACGUUCACCUCGGGCAAGAUCAAGCAGAUGUUUACCACGAUUUGUGAAAUUGGUGAUGAGUUUCUCGCAUCGGUAAAUCGAUACGUCGAUCGGGACGCACCGAUCGAUGUGAAGUUAUUGGCGCAGUGUUUUACGUGCGACGUCGUAGGUUCGUGUGCCUUUGGUUUGCAGUGCAAUUCGUUGAAGAACGAAGGUUCCAAGCUGCUCGAGAUCGGUGAUCAAGUGUUUAAACCACCGGUCUGGCGAAACAUGCUCGUGUUUUUGCUCAUGUCCUUCAAGGAGCUGGGGAAACAGUUACGCCUACCAGUGCUACCGGGCGAUGUGACAUCAUUUUUCAUGCCGCUAGUGACGGAGACGGUUAGCGAUCGGGAACGGAAUGCAAUCGAGCGGCCCGAUUUCUUGAAUCUGUUGAUACAGCUCAAAAACAAGGGAACGGUUGAGGACGAAGCAACGGAAGGGCUGGAAAAACUAACGCUGGACGAGGUGGCUGCCCAGGCGUUUGUGUUUUUCCUUGCCGGCUUCGAAACUUCGUCGACGACGCUCGCGUUUGCUCUGUUCGAGCUUGCCCACAAUCCAGACAUUCAGGAGCGGGUGCGUGCCGAAGUGUUGGAAAAGCUUAAACUUCACGACAACCAGAUUACGUACGAUGCACUCAAGGAGAUGACGUACCUCGAUCAGGUCAUUAAUGAAACACUUCGCAUGUAUCCUCCGGUGCCGCAGUUGAUACGUGUCGCGACCCAACCGUACGCGGUGGCAGGAACGAAUGUGACACUGGACCGUGAUACGAUGCUGAUGGUGCCGAUCUACGCGAUACAUCACGAUGCCACCAUCUAUCCCGACCCGAAACGUUUCGAUCCGGACCGCUUUGCAACGGACGCGCUGCACUCCAGACACACUCACGCCUUUUUGCCGUUCGGCGAUGGGCCACGCAACUGUAUCGGGAUGCGAUUUGGUUUGCUCGAGGUAAAGUUUGGCAUUGUGCAGAUGGUCAGCAAACUGCGCUUCACCGUUAGCUCGCGUAUGCAGCUGCCGUUGAAAAUGUGCACAUCGGCUGCCAUUCUGGAGGCCGAAGGUGGCAUCUGGCUGAAUGGCACUAAGCUGUAGCGCGUUUGGCUAGGUAAAUAUAGCCACAUCAUGCAGUAAUUUAUCUCGCCCGUCUCGGUAACGAUUUGAUGGCAUUGUUGAUGUUUUUUAUCUUAUCAAUUAACAUACGACACGGGGUGCAAGCGUACGCUAACAAAUAUCAAUCACAAAGUAAUAUUGUACUACAUUUACUUACUGUUACAAUCAUCCCGUCAAUAUAUGACUGUUUGCAACAAAGGUAAAUAACGAGAAAACGUGAGAAAAACAAAUACACAUAAAAAUUAUUCUAAAUCAUGACAAAAGUUUAGCUACAAAGCAUCCUUAUACUACAAAGCAAAGUAAGAAUGUGUUUGAAUAAUAAGCAAACGUAAUAAAUGUUGAAAUUCGUA